CAGCCUCAGUACGAAUAACAACUUCUUUCCGUUCACAUAGUCAUAGAAUCAGCAAAUGGGACACGAACGAACAGAUACUGACAAGAUAGAGAAUCUGCCACUACCCGUGCUCUAGGAAGGCAAGGACGUGGGGUGGUGGGGGGUCGAUGAACACCCAGGCAACAAUGGUAUUUGAAUGCAAUCACAUUCACUUCGAUCUACAUAAAGCCCCUUUUACCUUUGAUUCAUGUCAGUAUUGGGUUGGACGGAGCAGAUGGAUGGCACUUCAAGUUUGGAUACGUGAAUUCUCUAUGAGUCCGCUUGCCAACCAAAUUCGGCUUCCGGUGAUCCACCGGAACCUCUUGCGGGAUCCUCUCAACUACAUCUCUUGUCUAAGGAACUUCACGUUUCUUUCUGCUAUCACUUCAAUCAUCGCGCUCUCUGAGGAUUUCUCUAGACUUGCAAGGGACCCUGACUGCAUCGCAAAACGGCCCAGGUUUCUUUUUCACCGGCACAGCCGAAACCUCAUGCAUCUACAGAAAGUUCAGCCAAUCAUGGAGAGCGACGCUCGUCGAGACACAGCGCAGAUCGGGGCCGAAGGGUGGCAUACCCGCUGCAGCCGGGUCCACAGCCCGGGAGAUCUGCAUCGGAGGGCCAUAUCACGAUUCCAUUCGAUUAGACCGCCACCCGUAGUGCCGUCGCACUGCCUCGAAGAUUUCCUUGGAUUGGAAAUUAACCCUACCAGGUAAGUCGCUCUAGAUUCCCUUCAAUACGUAUGUCAAUGGCGAUA